UGACCCGGCGGAGCGGCCGGACCUGCCCGGUGCUGCCCGCACGGCAGCGCUCCUGCUGCGGCCACGGGCCGGCUGUGACCUCCGUAGGGCUGCGACCUCCGUAGGGCUGCCAGAGGCACCGCCACCGAGCAUAGUGAGGAGCUCUCUUCACACGUAAUUCAGUUCUCUUCUAGACGUAACCACCAGGUAGAUUAUAAACAAUGAGCAGCAUUGCCAAGAGCGUUUUGCGGUCGGUGAAGCACGGCCGAGUUGCGUGGCUGAGGACCAGCUCUGCCCACUCUGGGAAGCGGCGUUUUCACAGGCUGGUUUUGGGAAUAGAGACGAGCUGUGAUGACACCGGCGCUGCCGUGGUGGAUGAAGCUGGCUGUGUUCUGGGAGAAGCACUGCACUGUCAGAAGGAAGUUCAUUUACAAUCAGGAGGAAUAAUUCCCGUGGUGGCACAGCAGCUUCACAGAGAAAACAUCGACCGAGUGGUUCAAGAGGCCCUUAGUGCCAGCGGCGUUUCUGUGGCCGAGCUCGCGGCCGUGGCCACCACGGUGAAACCCGGGCUGGCUCUGAGCCUGGGCGUGGGGCUGCACUACAGCCGGGGCCUGGUCAGCAGGCACCAGAAACCCUUCAUCCCCAUCCAUCACAUGGAGGCUCACGCUCUCACCAUCAGGCUCACACAUCCCCUGGAAUUCCCAUUCUUAGUUCUCCUCAUCUCUGGAGGCCACUGUCUCUUGGCAGUAGCACAGGGAGUUUCAGAUUUCCUCCUGCUCGGACAGUCCAUCGACAUCGCACCGGGUGACAUGCUGGAUAAGGUGGCACGAAGGCUGUCUCUAAGCAAGCACCCAGAGUGCCACAGCAUGGCUGGGGGGCAGGCCAUAGAGCACUUGGCUCAGAGUGGGAACCAGGAGCGGCUCACCUUCCGCCUGCCCAUGCGGCAGUAUCGCAACUGCGACUUCUCUUUCUCCGGACUGCAGAACAUUGUCAAUAAUGCCAUUGUGCAGAAAGAAAAAGAAGAAGGUAUUCAGGAAGGUGAGAUCCUGUCCUGUGUUAAGGAUGUUGCUGCUGCUGUACAGCACGCAGUGGCUGUUCAUAUCAUCCAGAGGACAUAUCGAGCCAUGCUCUUCUGCAUCAAAAACAGCAUAUUGCCAUCAAAAAAUGCCACUUUGGUUGUAUCAGGAGGAGUUGCAAGUAAUCAGUACAUCAGAAAAGUUCUACAGAAUCUAGCAGAUGCAAAUGAUUUUGCUUUGCUGUGUCCUCCUCCAAGACUCUGCACUGAUAAUGGUGUUAUGAUUGCAUGGAAUGGCAUUGAAAGGCUCCGUGCAGGGCUGGGGGUCCUUCACAGCACUGCUGGCGUCCGCUAUGAGCCAAGAGCUCCCCUGGGAAUUGAUAUUUCAAAAAGAGUUGAAGAAGAUUCCAUCAAGGUGCCAAAACUAAAAGAGAUACGAUGGUUGGCAUCUUAAAAAGUAACUUAAUAAAAUAAAUAGUUCAAUGAAAA